GCCUCUACAUGUAAGUCUAUCGGUUCAACAAACAACGCGAAGCCAUGGCAGACACAUGAACUUGAUGGUAAGGGACGGAAUAGACUACGAUGGGUGCAGACCAAACACAUGGUUUACAAUUACUGUGCUGAUUCUAAGAGGUUUCCUCAAGGCUUUUCUGCUGAAUGCAAGAGUUCAAGAUUUUAAUGAAUCAAAUGAGUAGAAUUCUUUAUUCUUUUGUACCAAUAAAAGUUUUGUUGGCUACUUAUUUUGUUGUUGUUGUGGUUGAAAUUUUCAUGUUUGCCCUUUUGUUAUCUUAACAACUUUGACAUUCGUUC